GGCGGAGCUUGAGGUCCUCUUCCGGAGAUGAGUUCCUGGGGUCCGCUUUUGUUACGGAUGGUCCCCCCCCUCCCCACCCCGAUCAGAUUUAAACUUUAAUAAAUUACAGAGUGCAGCAGCAGCAGCAGCCCUAGCUCCCGCAUGUUUUUUUCUAGGAAAAGACUGACGCGCCCGACCCGAAAGCAGCCGAAGUUGCGUCUCGUUUCGCGCCGGGACCAUGCCGCUGGGACUGAAGCCCUGCUGCAGCGUUUGCAAAACCAAUUCCUCUUCCAUGUGGAAGAAGGGGAAUCAGGGGGAGAUCCUGUGCAACAGCUGUACCGGGAAGAGCGGCGCGUCCACCGGAGGAGCCCCGGGGACCGCGUCUUCUUCCUCGGCACAGCAGAGCAAUGGCGGCGGGAAGCAGUCUAAACAAGAAAUCCACAGGCGCUCAGCGCGGCUGAGAAACACGAAGUACAAGGCUCCGGCGAACGAGAAGAAGGUCUCCACUAAAGGAAAGGGCAGACGGCACAUUUUCAAGCUCAAAAAUCCAAUUAAAGCGCCGGAAUCGGUGUCUACAAUAAUCACCUCCGAAUCCGUUUUUUACAAGGGCGUGUAUUACCAGAUCGGGGAUGUCAUCAGGGUGAUCGAUGAGGAGGACGGGAUGCCCUACUAUGCCCAGAUCCGCGGGUUCGUGCAGGACCAGUACUGCGAGAAGAGUGCCGCUCUGACCUGGCUCAUACCCACCCAGACCAGCCCCCGGGACCAGUUCGACCCGGCCACCUACAUCGUCGGGCCAGAAGAGGACCUACCCAGAAAAAUGGAGUACCUCGAGUUUGUGUGCCACGCGCCUUCUGAGUAUUUUAAGUCCAGGAGCUGUCCCUUCCCCACUAUUCCUCUUCGCCCGGAGAAGGGUUACAUUUGGACUCAUAUAGGACCCACACCUGCAAUUGCAAUCAAGGAAUCUGUUGGGAACAGCCUGUAGUCUGAGUGCAGUGCUGGUUCGGUUUUGAUUUUCUGGGCAGUGUGCUCGGAGACUGAUAAGAACUCAUGAAGUGCGUAGAGCAGACCCGCCCUGUGGAAUGGCACUGCGUUUAUGGGAUGAUCUGCAAUGUAGGCUCUUCCUAUAAUCGUCAUUAGAAAGCCACCUCAUCCUGGGAAGAGCUGGGUUCAUCCACAGUCUUCCUGAAGAACAGCGUACAAGGUGGGGCUAUGGAGGACUACACCUGGCUCCGGACUGCAGUUUCUGGAGAAUAAUAUAGCCAGCAUAUUUUUAGAAGGUGGGAAGAAACUGGAGUACCUGGAGAUCCCCCAUGUGAACAGUAUUAGUAAAUCCGGCAUUGAACCCUGAACUCUAGACUUGCAACCAUGUGGUCUAGUUGGCAUUUGUGUUCUAAAUGUCUUGAGAAAUUGUGCAUUGUGCUGGGAGGAGACAACGUGCUCUUGGCCAUAAAUUGUCUCUGGAGUCUUGAGUUUGUAAAGGAAAAGAAGGUGAUGUGUGAGACAUUUUUCACAUAUUUCAUGUCAACAUUUGUUUUGUACAUAAAGAUAUAUACUGAAAAUGCUCAAUUUUUUGGAGUAUUUAAAGCCUGUUUUUUUCCCCAAGGAAAGGGAAAAAGAGCCGGAUGUUGAAACUGAUUUGGUUGUAGGUUUCUAACCGCUGUGCUGGAUAUAGUUCCACUUCAACCAAUUGUCAAGCCAUACAGCACAGCAAAGUUUAACAGUCACAGUCAUUGGGAUUGAAUGGAAAAAUUGUUUACUUUCAUUCUUCAUAGAUGGAACAACAUAGGAAAAGUACAAUGACAUAAGUUAUUUAACAAAGGCAUUUAAAAUAAAAAACAACAGUGAUCUUGCA